GGAAACAGUGGGCGAAAAGAUGGAGGUAGAGGUAGCGAGGUUGUGAGUACUGCAUAAGAGUUGAGUUUUUUGCUCUAGCUGAAGGGAUGGCAGACAUUAGAGGCUAUAAGGAUACUUGUGGAAAUGACGUGUAUACUUUACUACUGGAAUACAAUAUCAUAUUUCUAUAUUGGGGAUGCAAAGAUGUGGACUUGAGACUUGUUAACGCAUUCAACAACUCUUGGUACUAUUUUCGUGUUAGUACCCAUUGAUGAGAAAAUUUUUCGGAAGUACCUGUCUAAACUUGAUACCUUAAAGACGCUACUGCCACACCAGCCAG